UGACGGUUCUACCGGAAGUGGUUUCAUUUUGACAGCUGAGGCAAAAAGUGACGUUGCAGGAUAAACAAACGAAGGAGGAGGCGAGUGAGCGGUGUUCAUCCUGUAUCCUGACAUUUCUUCAUUUUACAAUAAUGCAGUCUUCUAAGAGGAGUGAGAGCGACUGGCAGGGACUAGUCAGCGAGGUAAGAGGAACGAUAAACACCGAGAACCGCUGCUUCUGAGACGGGCGGCUCUAACAGAUGCUCCUCUUGUCCAUAUGGAACCAGCAGUUCCUGGUGUGUAAACGCAAGUUGGAGAGUAAAAAGGAGGCGUUGCUCAUCCUGUCCAAAGAGUUGGACACAUGCCAACAGGAGAGAGACCAGUACAAGCUGAUGGCCAACCAGCUGAGAGAGCGCCACCAGGGACUGAAGAAGAAGUAUAGGGAACUUAUUGAUGGGGAUCCGUCUUUGCCACCAGAAAAACGUAAUCAGGUGAACCUGGGUCAGCUGUUGAGGGACUCCAGGGACCGAGUGAGGCAGCUCACCGAGGAUGUGAAGGACCUCACUCAGAGGCUGGCUGAGGCCCAGGGGGACAACAAGCUGCUGAGGAUGACCAUCACUCGACAGAGGCUGGGAGACGAAGAGGUGGGGGUCCGACACUUUCCCGCACAUGAACGAGAGGACUUGGUUUCUCAGCUAGAAAGAGCAGGGCGACAGAUGGAGGAGAUGGAGCACGCCAUAAAAGCCUUGAUGGAUGAGUUGCAGGACGUUAAAGCAGAACGCGUCGUGUUCAGGGAGAAGGCUGACCGGCUAAAUGUUGAACUAAACCAUAUUUUAGGAAAUCAUGAGUCACGCAUCAUUGAUGUGGAUGCACUCUGCAUGGAAAACAGGUAUUUACACGACCGGCUCUCACAACUACAGGAGGAGGUGAACCUGCUCAAAUCAAACAUCAUGAAGUACAAGACGGCCCUCGAGAGGAGAAAAAACUCCAGCACAUAUGGGAGAUCAAACAGCGUUCCCCUUACCGGAGUGCUGUCAGCCAAACAAGUCCAGGAGAUGCUCUUGGAGGAGCAGGGCUGCAGCUUACCUGCUACACCUCAGUCCAUCUCUGACCUAAAGUCGCUGGCCACCGCUCUGUUGGAGACCAUCCACGAGAAGAAUUUGGUCAUCCAACACCAGAGGCACACAAACCGGAUCCUGGGAAACAGAGUUGCAGAUUUGGAGAGGAAGUUAAAAACCUUGGAAGUCUCAGGAUUGUGGAGUUUACCAGGAACCAGGGACAAUAUGGUACUAAAUGAAAAUCUCCAGCCAGAGCUUCCUCCAAUGUGUGCCACGUCUUUGCCAAACACGCAGCCCCUCAAAGAUGACAGAAGUUCACAUGAAUCAUCUUGGGAAUGCCGCACCGCUGGCAGUGACCUUGGCACAGAUGGCGCCAGCAGGGAAGACGCACCUGCACUGCUCAGCAGCGCGGAUCCUUUCGCAGGCGUGGAGACGGAUGGGAUUGACGGGAGAGAGGGAGAAAUCAUGACCCUGAGAGACGAUUCAGAGCCGGAGGAUGAACGGAGUCCGGUGGAGGAGGCAGGGCGCGAAGAGGAGGGAGCCGAGGAUGAGGAGCUGGGUUCCUCUGUGGAGGAAGGGGAGGAAGCCGCUCUGGCACUGGAUCUCCGUCUGACUGAAACGAAGCUUCAGUGGCUUUCCAUCGCACAGACUUCUGUCAGAUAUUCAGAGGUUUCCUGCCAGGACAGGGAGUCCAAUGAUGCACUUGAACAUGAAGAAACCUCGGCAUCGAUUCCAAAGAGUCAGGCCACAGAGGGACAGAGUAACACUGAGUGGGACAUUCACUGUCCAUCUGCACCUGGCAUGAUCUAAUGUCAUGAAAAGACGGGGAAAAACUUCUCUAAUAAAACUUCGUCGUUAUUGAUGAUUACAUUAAUCAUCCCUAGUUGGAUUCCCACUGCUUAGCCUCUGCUCAUUAACUUCCUUCCACACUGAGCAGCUCACUUUCAGUCAAUAAAACAGAGAAAACACCCCCCACCCCCCUAGAUGCUGCUGACAAAGCCAGAGGUACACUCUGCAUCUAGACUAACUUGUGUUGCUCUAAAGCAAAAAAUCUUCCAAUCAGUAGAGCUGCAAACUCGAUGCCCUGCAGAAAACAUAACAAGUGAUCAGCUUUUGUAUCCUAUAUUCUCUUGUUGCGAUACCUUGUGAGGAGAUAAUCCCAGUUGUUUGCGUUAUUUUUAUCAAAGCUAAGGAAUGUGCAGCAUUUUUGAGGGGGGUUUCUUCCAAAAGUGAUUUCAAAUUGGUGAAGUGCCAAAAUUUGAACUAUAUGUGUGAUAGAUGCUUUUGAAUUCAUCGUUUCACCUUAAUACUAUUAAUAUUUGUUUGUCUAAAUCUUGCCUAUUUUUUUGAUGUAUUUGGAUGUGCCUUAUGUGUCAAAAUAUUUAAUAUUUAUAAAUAUAAAUUUAUAAAAAGCUGCCAUAUUGUUUGGUUGCACUCAUUUGCAGUACAGAAAGUUGGGAUCUAUUUGUUCUAUUGUUUUUGUUUCCUUAUUAAAAAAUAUAUUAAUCUCAAGCCAAACAUACUUUAACAAAUAACAUGGAGGAAGAACAGUCUUUGAAACCCACAGGUUGUUAUUGCACACAACCCAGUAUUCACUAAUGACCCAUUAAAAGCAAUUUCAA